CCAGAGACGCGACCGACCCGCGCCCCGUCGAACGCAUUCUCGUGACGCGCACAAAUCAAUUUACAUCUCCUGUUAACUUAAUGCAAAUUAAAUGCAUAUUACUCUAAACGCGAAACGCACACGCAAAAUGACUUUGCACUUAUCCAUUCCGCAAAUACGGCCUAAUGGGUACGCUACUGAGCCAACUACGAUUAAAAUAGUGUACAAUAUUAGUGGUGACAGAACCAUCUCAAUCGACCGACAUUCGGAGCCGGAGCCAUGUUCUUCUACAACUGUGGAUAAUAAUGUUGGACAAGCUAUGGUACCUUUGAUUGCCCAACAAAAUAACCUACUAUCAUCGCUCCUGAACGUAUUGCGCCAAAAUAAUACGGAUUCGCGUCUCCCUAUCUUCAAUCCUGAUACAAGAAGCAUGGAUCCUCGCUGCUGGCUGUUGACUGCUGAUGCUUAUGUCAUCAAGGAACAGCAAUCAGGAGUUGCACUGCAGUCGGCUCUUGAUCAGGCACUUAGAGGCAGUGCUUUGGCGUGGUUCAAGACAGUAGCCAGCCGUAGCUUAACAUGGACCGAUUUUAAAAGGCUGUUUGGCGCAAAAUACUGCGAAGCUAUGGAAGCUCAGAACACUCCAGCAAGCUGUUUGAUUAAUUUGCAAGGUUGUACGAUGAAGGAUAACGAGAGCCUCGCUUCUUACGCCCAGAAUCUAACUGCGAUGCUGACGUCCGAAUUUGAGAAUGUGUCCAAAGAGGAGAUUGUAUUAGCCAUCGUGCUGUCUCAUAUGGCGAAAUUGGAUGAACGCGUGCUUAAUAUUGCUACGUCCAAUCCAAUUGAUACACGUUCAAAGCUCAAUGAGGAACUGAAAGACAUGUUCUAUAUUUUACCCAAAGAUGUGCCCAAAUUUUCGCGUCAGCGUCAGUCUGAUAAAAACUUCAAUAUGUGCGGAGAAGAAGAUGUGUGCAAUAUGCCCCAAUUUUCGCGUCAGCCUGAGGAAAAGUUUAUUAUGUGCGGUGAAAUUGACCUCACAGGACCAUCCUAUGACACUCCUGAAGCUCCGACAGCUUCGGAGGUGGUGCAGGGGAGAAAACGCAUGAUGCAUGCUCCUGACAAUGAUGAAGAGGCUAAAAAGGCAAGGCAGGUGGACUCUUGCUGCUGCCUCGAUGAAGGCAAGUGUGAUUAUUGUUUGCGAGACAAGGAGAAGAGAAAUGAGGGGCAGUUGUCUGUCAGCGCGGCGUCUGAUGAUGUGUCUCCUGCAAGCCCUGAUGAUGCUUUUCAGCAUCGCCCUGGUGAAGCUUCUCCUGCACUCCCUGUUGAGGAAAUACCUGGACUCCCUGUGGUGAAAAUACCUGCACACCCUGGUGACGAUGGCGGUCCGCCAUCAUCAGUAAUCGUAAUCGGGUAAAGGGUUGCCAAGACAUCAGACUGGAGGGCUGAGGAUGGAGAGUAGCACUACUGGUUUAGCCCCACCAAUGUAAUACCACGGCUUCGCAGCACACCGGCGUGAAACAAAGCCCUUGCCACUCCUCAAUCCCAAAUCCA